AUGCGCCCGUUCAUAAUCGCUAGUAUUCUGUCUGGCACAAGGCAUUAUUCAACACCACCCCCACGACCACGCCCUUUGGUGUCACCUAGUGCGAUACCUUCUUCAAUUAAGACCCCCCCUCCUCAUCCCCCCGCAUCGGGACCAACCUUCCCAUUUGUUUGUUCCUCAGACAUCCACCGCCGCCUCAGUCUGUCUAUCUAUCUAUCUAUCUAUCUAUCUAUCUAUCUAUCUAUCUAUCUAUCUAUCUAUCUAUUACAGCCUAUUCAUUAUCUAUUUAUCUAUCUAUCUAUCUAUCUAUCUAUCACUGUCUGUUCAUGGUCUAUUACAAUCUAUUCAGUACCUAUCUAUCUAUCUAUUACAAUCUAUUCAUUACCUAUCUAUCUAUCUAUCUAUCUAUCUAUCUAUCUAUCUAUCUAUCUAUCGCAGUCUAUUCAUCUAUCUAUCUAUCCAUUUAUCUAUCUAUCGCUGUAUAUUCAUUCUCUAUCUAUUGCAGUCUAUCUAUCUGUCUAUUCAUUAUCUGUCUAUCUAUUCAUUUAUCUCUUACUGUCUAUUCAUUAUCUAUCUAUCUAUCGCAGUAUAUCUAUCUAUCUAUCUAUCACAGUCUAUUCAUUAUCUAUCUAUCUAUCUAUCUAUCUAUCUAUCUAUCUAUUACAGUCUAUUCAUUAUCUAUCUAUCUAUCUAUCUAUCACUGUUCAUGAUCUAUUAUUGACUAUUCAUUACCUAUCUAUCGCAGUAUAUCUAUCUAUCUAUCUAUCUAUCUAUCGCUAUAUCCAUUUCUCUCUCACUUUCCUUAUAUAUAUUCUCUCUCUCUCUCUCUCUCUCUCUCUCACUAUUUCCUUCUUACUCUAUUUCUCUCUAUUUCGAUCUCUGUCUUUCUCUCCAUAUAUUUCAUUAUCUCUCUAUUUCACUCUCUCUCGCUAUUUCGCCCUCUCACUCUAUUUCUCUACUCUCUCCCUCCUCCUCUCUCUCUCUCUCUUUCUCUCUCUCUCUCUCUCUCUCUCUCUCUAUCUAUCUAUCUAUCUUUUUUCCCCCUUUUUUCAUCUUGCAACUAUUUUUCUCUCCCUGACGCUCUUUCUCCCUCCCCCCUCUCUUUCUCUCUCUGACCUCUCUCUCACUCUGAAACUCUCUCUCUCUCUCUCUUAUUUUCACUCUCUCAUUUGA